GAGAGCAAUGCUUUCCAUACAAUGAUACUCUUGUCUUUUACACCAUAUCUACAACCAUGGAUUGCUCACACUAUUAGCUUUUAACUUACAGACAAGAUGGAAACAAACAAACAAACAGACUGGGUUGGUAGGGGAAGAAGAGGUGAUUAGUUGGUUGCGAGUUGCGAGAAAUGAGCCAAAACCCACCAUAUCUCUUCGAAUCAAGGCACAUGAAUUAUAUGCCCAUAAUAAAAAGGGCCCUCCAGAGUCCAAACGAUAUCUUUCACUUCAGCCUUAAAAUUGCAGCUCAUUCGGUACUUGUGAGUCUGAUCCAUCACCCCCAUCCCAAUAUGAUCCAUUUAUUUAACCGAAGCAGCUUUGGCCCUUUGAGAUGUGUGGCUGCUGAAGCCGGAGAGAAAGAGGCCGGCGGUGGCGGGUUUAGACUCGAACAAAACAAUUCACUGAAUCGACUCUACUAGCACUAGCUGCCCAAUUUCCUAGCUCAGUAUCGGUAAGCUCGCAACCAAUUAUUCGAUUCAAUUAGAAGGGGCAUAUUUGACAUUUCGGACGGACGAACGAGAACGACAAAGCGCGAGCUCAGGGUCAGGGAGGGACAUGAGAUGAGGAGGACGAUAAUUGAAGAGAAGUAGCAAAUAGCAAUUACCAGCCAACCAUGGCCAUACCAUCAGACGGCACGGGAUACAAUAGUCAUUACGAUGAGAUUUCCAUGUCUAAAUCGGUCAAGGGAUUCUUUUUAAGGCCACACGUUCCACAAACUCACUCACCCCCACGCCAACACCAUCGUCGUUCCCCGAUAUCACCAUGGACGAGCUUCAGCUGCAGCACGACUCCAGUGAAACGAUCAUGGCUGCACUCUUCACCCUAACCCCUUGCCAAUUCUCUGACCUGAGACAUUCCUUGUCGUCGGAUCUCCGUCGUCAGCACCACCGCCUCUGCUCCCUCCUUCGCUCCACCACCCGUUUCUCCCAAACUCUUCGACACCUGGAGGCCCUCUCCCUCCACCAAAAGACCCUCCUAAUCGCGCGCUAUUUCCUAACCACGCUGAAACAACUCACCCGUUUCUGGGAAGCCGAAACGCCCAAUACCUCCGUCGCCGUUCGACUCCGGGACCUUGACGCCACGUUGCUUCUCAUGCUCCUGUGUGAAGUCCACCAACACGACAAGCAGGCCUUAGAGAGACCUCCGGCCGAGUGGCGCCACAUCCUCAACGAGUACGUGGUCAGUAACAUGUUGGCAAUGGCCGGCGUGGGAGUUCCAAGUGGUGCAAUAGUUUUGAGUCCGUUUAUUGACGUGGCGACGAGAUGCAGGAGGUUUCUUGAUGCAGCAGGCUGUGGAGGAGGUGGUGGAAAGGUGGAGAGGGAGGUGGCAACGUCGGCGGCGGCGGUGGUGGCGUUGCCGUCGGUGGAGUUAUGUGGGACGGGGACAGAGUGUGCGAUAUGUAAAGAGGCGAUGGGGGGAGGGAGAGACGUGUGCGAGCUGCCUUGUGGUCACAUGUUUCACUGGAUGUGUAUACUGCCAUGGCUUGCGAAGAGGAAUACUUGCCCCUGCUGUAGACUCCGGCUUCCGACCGACGAUGUGUUGGGAGAGAUCGAGAGACUCUGGGGUGUUCUUCUCAGAAUAGGUCGUAGCCCAAGGAAUUCUUGUGGCGAUUGAUUUUAUUAUCUGAAAUGAAAGAAAUGAAAUUGGUCAUCAAUACAAUUAUCAAUCGAACAAAACUGACACUGGUUAAGGAGUAAAUCAGAUGUAUAUAAUACAGUAUAGUUCUGGGAUUUUCUCUUUA